UGGUGUUUUCCGAGCCCUUCGCGCUUAGACUUGCAGCGCCAGGAGAAAAAAAACUCUCCUCACCUUCCCGCCUUUUAGCCAGCAUUGCAGUGAAUUCCACAUAAUGGCCGACUCUAUCACAACCAAACCGCUUAUUGGAUUGGAGCACUGGAAAGCGCAGAACGCGCGGUGGCGGGCGGGCACAAAGCCCAAGGGUGUUGCAGAGCCCCUGACACCAGGCAGCCUUGACGGGACAUACUCUGAAGGACGUGUGAACCCGCGUAUGUACACGAGCAUAUUCCGCGGCCUCAUUGUGGACAAGCGCCGGCUAAAGAAACCGCUGCCCCUGAGGGAUGCGAUACCGAUGCUUGUGCACGGGUGGAAGCGCGCAGGGGUGUGGCCGACAGAGUACACGCAGCGACCACCGCCUGACGGGCUCUAAGCGAUACUAGUUUCCAAGCGACUGUUUUUUGUACUUUAGUAAACUGCGUGUGCGACAUCAUGCUCGUUGUGGUGAGGGUUUCUGGUGUUUGCCAGGCGCGUGGGGGGGAGGACCCAUUGUGCAUGUGUGGCGAAAAGGACCCAUUAUCGG